UGGAGGUUUGAUCAGAUAGGGCGAGAAAAUGUCGAAGGAUGACUCGCCAGGUAAACGAGAAAAUACCUGAUUUUAUUCAUGCGAAAAGUUAAAUUUAGACAUGAACUGCAUUUCUGAAGAAUGAUUUCUGUCAGGGAGCAGGAACGAAUUUGUGCUAAGUGUUCUAAAGGAAUAGAAAGCGAAUGUUACGUGCAAGCUUUGAAUUUUGAUUGGCAUCAAACCUGCUUCAGGUGCACAAAAUGUGAUAAAUGUUUGACUACUUGGUACUUUGAGAAAGAUGGAAAGUUAUACUGUAAAAAGGACUACUGGGACAUUUAUGGAGAGGCCUGCAAUAGAUGUGGUCUGGUGAUAACUGGUCCAGUAAUGGUGGCUGGUGAACAUCGUUACCACCCAGAGUGUUUCCAGUGUAUAAGUUGUCGUAGUUACAUUGGCGAUGGUGACGCAUAUGGUUUGGUAGAAAGAUCAAAGCUCUUCUGUGGGAGAUGUUACAAAAAGGCCAAGAAUAAUCAGGACUCUGACAGCCGUUUGAGUGAGAAUAAACAUUCUAUACAACUACUAGAUAUUCCAGCCACACCUGAUAAGAAGAGAGGACUAGAUUAUACCCUGGAAAAACGAUUGUCACAAUACAGUCAGACUGUUAGGGAAAGUCUACAGUUCAAUCCACAGCUUACUAUUACUGAUUUAGAUCUCAGUCCAGAGUUAGAUACACUCAGCGUUGGGGAUCGUAUAUUAGAAGUCAAUGGAAUAAGUGUCAAGGAAAAUUCUAUAGAAAUGAUUGACAAGCUGUUGAAGAACUCCAGUGAAUCACUACAGUUAACAGUAGAACAUGACCCUGUAAAGUCUCCUAGAUUGACUGACACACCUCCAUGUAGUCCUCGGUCUCCAGAGAGUCCAACACAGUCAGAAAAUGUUGUCAUAAUUAAUGGUGUCCCUGUCAAGAAGAGGCUCAAACCACAUCUAAGAAAUUUAAGUCCUACGAGAAGAAGAAGUAAAUCACCAUCUCCUUCACCUGCCAGUCGCCAAAAAAGUGUUGAUCUCACUCGCGCUCAUUCCUUCCGUUUACAGAACCUCAAUCAUCGUGUCUUCCGAGCAAGUGAUCUAAUUCAUCAAGAAGUUAUAGGUGCUGGAUUUUUUGGACAAGCCAUUAAAGUUGUUCACAAAGUUACUGGUGAAGUUAUGGUGCUAAAGGAAAUGAUUAAGUUUGACGAGGAAGCACAGAAAAGCUUUCUCAAAGAGGUAUCGGUGCUUAGAAGUCUGAAUCACCCUAACGUUUUACAGUUUAUGGGUGUGCUUUACAAAGAUAAGAAGCUAAAUUUAGUCACAGAAUAUGUGCCAUGUGGAACACUUAAAGAUCUCCUACACGACAUGAACAAGCCAUUGUCAUGGAUACAGAGAGUUAAAUUUGCCAAAGAUAUUGCUGCUGGAAUGAGUUAUUUGCAUUCAAAUGAUAUUAUCCAUAGAGAUUUGAACUCCCAGAAUUGCUUCGUUAAACAGAAUAUGACAGUGGUUGUGGCAGAUUUUGGUUUAGCAAGGGUUAUACCAGAUCCUUACUUCCGCCACUCAGAAAAACCAUCACCACCAAAACUCCAUGGAAAAAAGAGAUUUCAACGAAAGAAAAGAUACACAAUUGUUGGAAGUGCCUAUUGGAUGGCACCUGAAAUGUUAAAUGGACAGAAAUACGACGAGAAAGUCGAUCAAUUUUCUUAUGGUAUUGUUCUGUGUGAGGUAAUAGGACGAGUGUUUGCUGACCCAGAUUUGUUACCAAGGACUAUAGACUACGGUCUGAGUGUUGAUAUGUUUUAUAAGCAGUUCUGUGUAGAAACAUCUUGUCCUGACCCAUUCUACAAAAUAGCUGUAACCUGUUGUCAACUUGUUCCUGAAAAAAGGCCAUCAUUUGAAAAAAUAGAAGUUUUAACCGAUAGCUUACUCCUGCAUUUAGAACAUGGAGGACGCCUUCCACCUGAUCUCCAAGGUAACCCAGUGGAAUAUUACUACUCAAUUAGAGAUGGACAUAAAACUAUUAAUUCACCAGCAACAAAAAAUAGUAUCAAAGAAACGUGUUCAAAUGGAAAAAGUUCCGAUAAAGAGACUGCUGAUGAAAUAGAUAGUACAGAUAGUUGCAGUGUUGAUAACACAAAGGAUUCUGGGAAUGAUAGUGACUUGAAUAGUAGUAUUAUAAGGUCCUCAGAACUUAUAUCUGUCAAUAUUACAGACAUUUCAAAUUUAUCUGAAUACUCAGAAAAAUCAACACCUUCAGACAUUUCUAUAUUUGAAGAAGUACCUACUGAAAGACAUAAAGGUGUUAAAGAUACAAAAUUUGAAUGUGCAAGACUGAAUCUAUUUCAAGAUAGUGAUGCAUCUCAUUCUAAAAGAUAUGGUAAUGAUUUUACCCAACCAGAUGACGCAGAAAGAUAUGCUGAAGAUUUGAAGGAACUUAAACAUUCAAAACGACAAGCACAUGACUUUGAAGAAAUGGAUCACUCAAAUAGACAUGGGCAUGACUUAAAAGAGUCAGAUCAAACUAAAAGACAUGGAAAUAAGUUUCAAAGUGCUGAUUUGACCGAUAACCAAAGCUGUGAUAUUUCAAACAAUCUUCCAUUAAAUCAAUAUUCACCCGAUAUUAAAAUUGAAUUAUCUGAAUUUAAUGAAGUUCAAGAUUCUAGCAAAAAUAUAACAGUAGAAAUAGCUUCUGAAUGUGAUAGAGUUCAGGAUGUAAGUAUGGAAACAAGUGCAAGGGAUAAAUCUUUAAAUUCUCCCAACUAUAUACCUGUGAUAGAUAGUUCUGACAUUAGCAUAAAAAAGGACAUAUCCAUGGAGAGUUUGAACGAUUAUUUUGAUUCACAUGAAAAAUUUGAUGAAAAAGGAAAUUCUUCCAGUGCAGAUGUUUCAAUGACUGAUGAACAAUGCAAUCAGCUAGAUGUUAGUCGAUCUGGCGAACGACUACACAAAUUUAGGACAUGCUCACCGAAUAAUUCAUCAGCUUCAUCAUCAUCGUCAUCAUAUUAUUCAUUGUCAUCAUCUCCAGGUGCUUCGUUAACGUUUUCAUCAACAUGUCAAGUUGAUGAAAAAAUUGAUGAGAAUACUUGAUGUAUGAAUAUAUUUCAUGGAUUUGUUAAUUAUUUAUGCCUCUUUUGCUGACGCUAAUUGAAUAAUUUUUUUAAUUGUUGAAAUAUGAUGGGUUAAUGUUGGCCUUCCUGCCUGUUUUAUCCAAGUUAUAGUAUAAGACAACUCUACUCUUUUGACAGAAAAAAUUACAAAAGUCACAUAUAUAAUUGGCAUAUCACAAAAAAUUCUCUUAUUCUUCAAAUUCCUAAUUAAAUCUUGUAAGUCUACUUAUAAACUGUUAUGUACUAGUUAAAAGACAAUAAUGUUCCAUGUACAUGACAAAAAAUUAGAGUAAUUACAAUAGUUGUGUCCUCUCACAAUCUAACUGCAUGAUAAAAAUCUACACUUUUCAUACAGAUCACUCAGAAAACUUAUAAGUCAAUGUAAGUUAUUAUUCAUCUUUUUAAAAACACUGUAGUCAGUGUAGAUUAUACUGCUUGAUUUUGCAUUGCUAUGGCGUUUUUUUUUUUUUUUUAGAGUACUGAAGCUUUAAACUCUUACAUGUUUUCUGAAAUACAUCAUUUUGCACAUAUCUUUAGUGCUUCAAAAUUUAGGGCCAGGUUUGCACACAAAGCCAUGUUUAAGGAUCAAAAAUCUAUCUCAGCUUUUCUUUGUUUUUUUGUUUCUAUUAAUCAAGGUCAUGAUAUAUAUAUGAAAUAGAAAAAUGAUACAUUCAUAAUAAAGUAACCUUAUUUUGGGAUUGGAAAAGUUUUCCUAGAUAUACAUGAUAUAAACAGACUAUAAUGACCUGUAAUUGCUAACAUCAUUUGAACUUUAGUGGAUAGUUGUCUCAUUGGCAAUCAUACCACAUCUCCUUAUUUGUUUUAAGAUAAACAAAAAUUAUUAUGGUCUAUGGACAUGACAGGUUCAUUCACAUUAUUUUUACAGUGUAAGAUAGUUGACAAGUUUUGAAGUUUUGAUUUCAUUACUUACAGAAUUUUAAGAAUCUAUUUUCUACCUAACUUUGAUGGAGGUGAUUUGAUAGACUGACAUGACUUAGAGUUUUUCUCAAGUACUACAACAUGUACAUAUCCACUUUUAUACAAACACUGUCAUGGAUGAGGGUCUGGAUGGGGUUAACAGAAAAGAGAAUAUAUGGCAAACAAAAAUAAAGGAACCCCCCCCCCCCCCUCCCUCAUGGAUUAUCAUCAUGACACUUGUCUUUAAAUACAUUGUAUAAGAAAGCUGUAUGCUUUCAACGAUUCAAGCAAACAAUUUAGUAGAUCCUGUAAAAGUAUUAAAAGUUACAUAUUAAAAACAUUUUAUUGCCAAAUGAGUGUGGAGUUUUUUUUAAUUUUUCUAAGGCUGUAUAUUUGCUAUUCAUGAUCAAACUUGGGGUUUUUUUGUACGACUUUAUCAAACCACAUUUUGCUCAAUGUCCUUUUGAUGAUUUUAGUGUCUUUUUACAUUCUAUAAAAUAAUAUUUAUUAGAUUAAAUUCAUAUCUUAUGCAGUGUAGUUUUAUCCAUACGGAUUUUCACAUUCAAGUCCAGAAAUACAUGUAUCUAUGAAUGACUUGUAAAAUUGAUUAAAGGUGUGUGUUUUUGAGUUCGUAGUGGCUUAUCUUACUUGUACACUUAUACAUGUAAUCCUUUGAAAGAUAAGUGGAAAUCUAGAUAGAAGUCCUGUACUUUAAUCUGGCCUGGAACCAUCUUAUCUAUUAGACACUUGAUAUAUACAUGUACUCAUAUCUUUAUUAGUCAUGUUAGUAUGGACUAUAGCAUGUGAUGAGACUUAUUCUGUGUUUCUGUAAUAACACAAAACUACUUAUUGAUUUAACUUUAACAUUUGUAACUUGUUUGUCACAUGAAGAAUUAAUUUAAAAUGUUCAGUCACAAUAAGGUUUUUUGAAGUAAUAAUCAUGAAAAUUGAACAAUUGUUUCUAUAUACAAUGAAAAAAAUAAGAAGAAUCCCUUCAAUACUGAGAAAUAGCCAUGCAUAAAGGGACAAAACUUGCAAAAUAAUGCUGUUUUUUCUUGAGUUUCUGGAAGGUCUUCAGCAGUGAGCUAAAGUGGUCAAUUACAAAUACAACCCAUACCUAUAGCAUAUAAUACUCUUUGUUAUUUAUAGAAAGCACACCUUUGUUAUUUAAUGUACUAAAAUAUUCAUGGAAAUUAGCUAAGCCUCAUGUGGUCUUUUUUUAUAAUACGAUAGUAUGAAGUACUUUCCACUGGUUAUGGGACCAUUUUAUUUCAGAUUGAUAUUUUUUUUAAUUUUUAUUGUAUUCAAUUACUUUUUUUAAGUAAAUAACACAUUAUAUGUGUACAAGGCAAGUCUUUCAGUUACAUAAUUUUACAUUCAUAAUGAACAUGAUGAAUGAAGGAAAUAUUUGUUGAAUAAAACAGGAAAUUUUAUUGCAUAAAAUUUUCUCAUAUUUUUAAUACCCACCAAAUAAUUGUUAUAGCUAUGUUGUUAGAGAUGUAAACAAACUUAAUUGUUAAAAAUAGAUUGAAUUAUAUUUGUAUUUAUUAUGCAAAAGCUAUUGAAUUGUGAUUGCUUGUAUUUAUGAAUAAAUUUUGUUACUCCAUUAUAUUUUUCACACAGUUCAUGAUUAAACAUUUUAAAAAUCAAAUUUUUAAUUUUGUCAAUCUUUUUAAAGAAAUUUGUAUAUAUACCAUGUAUACAUUUGUUAAAUAAUGGUUAUAAAAUGUCUCAAAAGUUUGUUAGCAUAAUAUUUUUAUGAACUUGUUAAUGGUCAGGUUGCAAAAAAACAGUGUUCAGAUGCUGAGCUUUUUAUAUAUCAGAUUUGACUUUUAGGCAGGUUUGAGUCAAAUUAUUUGGAUGAGCAGUUUGAGUCUGAGAGAUGUUGUUACCUUUGAGUUCUGUGUCAAAUGUAAUUUCAUAAGGUUUGCAAAGCCAAAAUGAGGCAGGGAUACAGUUUGUCCUACAUAGGUGGUGUUUCCCUUUACAAAAAAAUCUAAAGUUGGAAACAAAGUUUAAAAUUGACUAUUUAGAGCUUACUGCUUAGUAGUUCAGAGUCAGUGUGUAGUUGUAAAAUGAACUAUAUAUAAGUUCUGAGUAAUAUCAUUCUCAAACCUUCUCAGCAGUAAUAUCUUACUGCAGAUCCAGUUUGAGUAGGAGAUGUUGCUGCUGCACAGUUCCAUGUCAGAUAUCAGAACUUAAUUUGAUUCAGAGGUUUUGAUGAGCAUAUUUAAAUCAGAGAUACAUGUAUUACUGCAUUGCAAUUCUGAGAAGAAAUUAAAAACUCAUUGCAAAUUAUUUAAGAUGGUAGUAUUCAAAAAGAAUUGAGGAAUCGUGAAAAACAUGAUGAAAAAACUGAAAAAAAGUUAUUAGGAUAUUUAUAUAAAAGAAUAAUAAUUGCAUUUGUUUUCAUUUUUUCUUUCGGUAACAAGAGCUAUGCUUGGCAUAGUAUGUAAUGUUAACUACCCUUAAAGAUAUAGUACCUUCAAUAACACAUAAUGUUGUACUAAACCACCAAAAAAAAGUUCAUGAGUUCACAGGAAUAAAAAAUGAUGGUUGUUGAUCUCUACCAAAGUACUGUUGCAAUGUCAUAUUAAUAUGGUUAAUUUAAAAGGUUUUAUACUGACCAUAUUUUGAAAACUUUAUAAAAUUCUUUACAAAUACUACAUUACUACUUAUUUAAUUCAAUAUAGAAAAACAUUGAUUAAAGGGACUAACACUUUUGCUUUGAGCCAGCCAUUGUUCUAUGAAUUGCUGGAAAUAUUAAUGAGACUUUUUUUUUAUUUAUUGUAGAUGUUUUAACAAUUUAAAAAAAAAAAACAACACUUUUCUGACUAAGGUUUGUGUCUUUUGACAUCUGAUGUUUAAACUUGUUUUUAUAUGAAAUCUCGUCCUAUCUAGGAAAAAGCUGUAUUGCCACGUUUUGGAAAUGAUUAUUUAAACAGAUUACUUAAGUUUGUAUAUCCUGCAUAAAGAAUAGGAAAUUAAGUACUUAAUACUUUCAUCUGAAGUACAUUUAAGGAAAUAAAAUCUAACGGAGUGUUUUAUGAGAAAUAAUUAUAUUUGAACCACUUUUUCUCAAAGGCUUUUGAAUAGAGAUAUGAAUAUAACAAAUGAAGAUGUUUAAAGUGUAAAAUCUGAGUUAAAAGAACUCUUUAAAAAGUAAAAUAUUGUGAUGAUGUUAGUGACUAGAGAUGUCUUCCUGUUGAUAAGGAUACAAUGUGAUCGCACACCCUGCCAUCUGUUUCCUGAUGACAAGGUCAAAAGGUCAUCAACAUUGUUAUGUGGCAGCCAACUUACUGAAAAAUGUUUUGAAAUAGGUUAAUUAAAGUAUUUAUAUUAAAUAAUAUAAAAUAAAGAAAAGCAGAAUGUUUUUUUCCUGAAGAUUUUUGUCUUAUAUUUUGCUUGCAACUGAAAAUGACACAAGUGAUAAACUACUUUCUUUCAAGAUUUCAGUUCUAUUUUGUUGUUUUUUUUUACGAUUCCUCAAUUCUUAUGAAUAAUACCAUUUUAAACAACUUGCAAUGAGUUUUUUAAUGUCUUUUCAGAAUUGCACCUUAUGAAAUACAUGUAUCUCAGGUUUUUAAACCAGAAUUGCCUAAAUCUCAGGUUAAACCAUGCUGUUUUCACCUGAGACAUAUUAUUUCCAACACCUAAUAAAUGCUUAAAUUUUUUAAAAUUUGCUGGAUAAAACCCCAAACUGACCUGGCCAUUGGCAAGACAAUUGGUUAACACUUGUUGGAGUUUGAGUGUAGAGGAUGAGAUUGCUUCAUGAUGUGAUUGGAUACUUCAUGUAAUUUUGGACAAUUGACCAAUUGGGUCAAACAAAUUUCCGUUAAGCUUGGAUAACUUUUAGAAGAAAAAAGAUCAAAUUUCAAAUGUAACUGAAUUUUAGUUCCUUCAGGUUAAUGUUUUUUUGGUAACAGUCAAACCAAAAUGUUAAAAUUUAAUUACUGCUAAUUAUUUAUUGACCUAAGUUAAUAAUUAUGAUCAAAACAAAUACUGAUAUAUUUCACUGGAUUGACAAGUUAAGUGGUAUAUAGUUCAAAAAGUUCAAGCAACAAGAUCAUUUAUAUCUUCCCUCCCAAAGUUUGAAGAGGGCUAAAAUGAAUUUUCUCUUUUUGAGAAGUUGCAUAAUGUUAUUGUACUUUAAAUGAUUUUUUGGAAAGUUAUUGUAACUUGAAAAAGUUGCAUAAUGCAUUUUGCACUUAUACUGAAUUUAAAAGUCACUGUACUUGGUUAAUCUUAUAAAAAAUCCUGUUCGUGUCUACAGCAAUAUAACUGUCCAAAUAUUAGGACAACCAUAUUUGGACAUACAAAUUUAUUAAGUUGGAAGCUAAGUAUCUGAAGUUAAUUCAUGUUAAAAAUCCAUUGAAAAUAAUAUUAGAUAGAUUUGAUAGUUUUAAGUAAGAAGAAAAACGA